CAGAGAGCCUCCAGCCCACCAAGCGGCGCCCUGAAGAUGGUUAUUAUUAUUUUCUUCUCCAGCGCCGGCUUCCUGUUUCAGGCGCAUGCUCCAGAGAACGUGUUCCCACCCAUCCCCGACCGCGUUUGGAAGUGAGAGUCGACUGCGUGCCGGUAUGAUGGGGGCCAGGGUAACCCGCGUGUUAACGAAUUUCAACCUGGAAAGCCGAGCGCACAGGGAAAUCAGCAAAGCCAAGACGGCGUCUGCCCCGCGCCACCCCAGCGCUACACCCGCGCAAGAUCGUGAGUUUGCCAGGACAGGCAGAGCCGCAUUGCGCGAUGAGCCCGAUUCUGACAGAUUCCAAAAUGAGAUUAAGAAAAAAGAUGAACACCUUCUCACACUAUUAAAGGAGGUCUAUGUUGAUUCAAAAGAUCCACCUAUGAAUGUAAAAAACAAAGGAGGAGGCCUUCCUUCUAAGCGAGAGGAACUCAGACUUACAAAAGUAAGCCAUCUUGCUCACCUGGAUAUUCAGACUGUUCCCAAAGGCAAAAUCUCAGUCACUGAAACCUUGACUCUACUCAGUAAUCAUCUUCACAAUCCACAGACCUGGACUGCAGAAAAAAUCGCAAAGGAAUACUCUUUAGAACUGAAGGAUGUGACUGCUCUCUUAACAUUCUUCAUUCCAUUUGCUAUGAAGAUCUUUCCUCAUCCAGACAAACGCCUAAAACACAGAUAAAAAUGCUUGCCAAACCUUGACUGACCUUGUUAGUUUAGUGUCUUCUGUGAACUACAUGUCUAAUUCUUUCUCUAAAUAGACACAUCCAAAACAAUCAAACGUGUCAUAUUUAAGCGAUACCUGUCUUUUCUCUCACUAUUGCAUUCACAAGCCAUCCUGGGAAUGCCAUUGUGAAGUGGGAGACAAAAUCUGCUAAGACAUGCUAAGUAUUCAAAAAAAUGUAAACAUGUUGACUGCAUGGGAAAUGAUCUGUUCAGAAGCAAUUGUCUUUUACCCAGACUCAGACAGCAAAAAUGCAUUAUCGCUGGACCUGAUCUUUUUUGGUCUGAGCUGUGCACCAGCUCUUUCCUUAAUCAUAUUCUGUAAAUAGUUAUAAUUAAAGCAAAGGAGAGUUGCAUUGUGUUUAUCUUCUGAGAAA